GGGUCACGGUCACCUCGUCACUGCCGCCGCGCGCCACCCGCGCCGCUCUCCCACAUCGAGCCCUCCGCCCUCCGCACGGAGCCAAGGACGCACCUCACCAUUCCUUCCAAGUCCACCACCCUCAUCUUCGCCUCUCGUCGCUGCGGCCCGCGGCCAUGGUCUCGCUCCGCUUCCCCACCGCUGCCAUCCCCCGCCUCCCGCCAACCCAGGCCCCCAACGGCGUCGCCGUCGCCGCCACGGUCGCCGCUGCGGCCGCGGCCGCAGCUGCAGCAGCGGCCAGUUUGACCCUCACGGCCAAGUCCGCAGGCCGGCCAGCCCCGCACCCCGCCCCUCUCUGGGCCUCCCUCUCCCUGGCCGACGGGGCGGCCCCCGGCUCCGUCGAACCCCGGACCGGCGUGACAUUCCCCACUGAGGCCGCCACUGGGCGCCGCCUACUCGGCGUAGGCCUCCGCAAGACUAGCGUACUCGGGCUCAAGUCCAUCGACGUCUACGCAUUCGGCGUGUAUGCGGAUGGCAACGAUUUGAAACAGCAGCUGAAGGAGAAGUACAAUAAGUUCUCGGCCUCGGAACUGAAGGCAAAUGCUGAGCUGAUCAACGAUACGCUAGAGCGUGACAUACAGAUGACGGUCAGGCUGCAGAUUGUUUAUGGGAGGCUGAGUAUUGGCUCGGUUCGCAGCGCAUUUGAGAAGAGUGUGGGAAGUAGGCUUCAGAAGUUCGGUGGAAAAGACACCAAAGAGUUACUUCAGAGCUUUGUUGCACUUUUCAAGGAUGAAUACAAAUUACCCAAGGGGUCUGUGAUUGAGCUUUCCAGGGAAUCAAAUCAUGUGCUUAAAAUUUGUAUUGGAGGCGAGGAAGUGGGGAGCAUUCAGAGCGAGCUCUUGUGCCAGUCUCUCUUAGAUCUUUAUAUUGGAGAUGACCCCUUUGACAAAAAUGCAAAAGAUGACAUCCAUGAAAAUAUAGCUAGCAUUCUUAAAAGUUAAAUGGGAUGCUCGAGGUUACAUGGAACCGGGCAAUUUUCAGGGAAAGUUGAACUUCCUUCCACAAAGAAGGAAACAGAAUAAGAAACUGCUGCGCGACCCAGGUGCUACAUGUUUGUUUGAUUUUAUCAGCCGAAUCUGUCAGCCAUUCAGCAGUGUUUUUCUCUCAGAACAAAUCAGCCAACAGUACUUUCUGCCAUGACUUAUCAACCAAAACGUACUGCUUGACUGCUGGCGGAUGGUUCUUCCCAUUUCCCUGCUAGUUCUGCAAGAACAAGAAUGCUUUCUCCGGUUCCACUGUUUUUUUAAAGUAUAUGGUCUCAUCUCUGAACAUGCGACGCUGAUGUUGUGCUGACUGCUGACCCUGUACUCUGAUGAUUUGCGUAGAAACAGUUUUUUUUUUUCCAAAAAAGGGUGAAGAAAUCUUCAUCUGCCAAUAGUUGUGAACAAUCAGGUGUAACAUCUGACGAAGUGUACAGCGACGUCACAGUCACAGCACAGGUAACCCAAGAAA